AUGGCGAUCCAAAAGAAACACGGCAAAGGAAGACUUGACAAGUGGUACAGACUUGCGAAAGAAAAAGGAUAUCGGGCUCGAGCAGCUUUCAAAUUGAUCCAAUUAAACAAAAAAUAUGGCUUCCUGGAGAAGAGCAGAGUCCUACUGGAUCUCUGUGCCGCACCAGGAUCAUGGUGUCAAGUUGCCGCAGAGACUAUGCCUUCACAGAGUCUGAUAGUCGGCGUCGACCUGGCGCCCAUCAAGGCCAUACCUCGAGUGAUUACCUUCCAAAGUGAUAUUACCACGGACAAAUGUCGAGCAACCAUCCGAACACAUCUUAAACAUCUGAAGGCGGAUACUGUCCUGCACGAUGGUGCACCCAAUGUGGGUGUCGCAUGGGUCCAGGAUGCCUUUUCACAGGCGGAACUAGUGCUUCAGUCAAUGAAACUGGCUACAGAGUUCUUAAAAGAGGGUGGCACAUUCGUGACUAAAGUCUUCAGGUCGAAGGAUUAUAAUGCACUAUUGUGGGUGUUCAAACAGUUAUUCUCCUCCGUCGAAGCUACGAAGCCUCCUUCAUCAAGAAAUGUGUCUGCAGAAAUCUUUGUGGUUUGCAGAGGCUUCAAGGCCCCAAAGAGGAUGGACCCCAAGUUCCUUGAUCCGAAGCACGUCUUCGCCGAAGUACAGGAGCCUACACCCAAUAACGAGGCCAAAGUGUUCAACCCAGAGAAGAAGAAAAGAAAGCGAGAAGGUUAUGAAGAAGGAGAUUACACGCAACAUAAGGAGAUCCCUGUUAGCGAGUUCAUCCAUACGACUGACCCUAUUGCCAUUCUCGGCACGGUCAACAAACUCAGCUUUGAACAAUCAGCGAAUGGCGACCUGGCUCUGGCUGCCUUGGAUCGACUACCUGAGACGACGCAAGAGGUCCGAGAAUGCUGCGCAGACUUGAAGGUUCUGGGCAAAAAAGAAUUCAGGACCCUCCUUAGAUGGCGAUUGAAAGUGAGGGACAAGUUCGGCAUGUCAAGCAAAGCGAAGAAGGAGCAACAGGAGGUUGAAACCAACAAAGAGGAAGCCCAAGAAGUCGCAGAAGUCGAGUCGAUGGAUGACGAACUGAAGAUUCAAGAGGAGUUGCAAAGGCUGAAAGACCAAGAUUCAAAGGAGAAAAGGAAAGCGCGUCGGAAGGAAAACGAGAGGAAGCAAAAAGAAAUCGUACGAAUGCAGCUGCACAUGACGACGCCCCAUGACAUCGGACUGGAUCAAGAGGGCCCGGCCGGAGAAGGGGCCAUGUUCACCCUCAACGCGGCCAAGAGAGUCCAAGAUCCAGCCGAAAUAACCGACGCACAGAUGGACGAAGUCAAUGCCCAGGAGUCAGAUGACUCACAGGACGAGGUGGAAGAUGAAGACUCGGACGAUGAUGGAGACAGGCUCGAGCGCGAACUCGACAUGCUGUACGAAUCGUAUCAGCAGAGGCGUGAGGAGGCCGAUGCAAAGCUACGAGCCAAGAGAGCCCGAAAGGAAAAAGAGACAGAUGAGUGGGACGGCCUAUCAGACGAGGACAAGCCUGGCGAUGCGACCACUGACGGCGAGUCCGAUGUCGAAGAAGCGUUCCCUGUGCGGCAAUUCCCAAAAUCCGACGGUCUAUCAACACAGGCUGCUAUGUUCUUUGACCAAGACAUCUUCCAGGACCUAGGCAUCGAAGACGAACAUGACGACAAUGAUAGCGCGAUAGCACUGGAAGACGAGUCAUCGGAUCAAACGAAGUCUCCACCGCUGAAGGGUCCGUCUCGAGAAAAUCAGCCGCAGCCUUUGAAAUCCGCCUUGAAGAAAGCCCAGCCUGCUGCUUCCCAACGGACGAAAGUCUACGACGCUUCGGACUCCGAGUCGGAACCAGACACGUCGCUGAAACCUGCCUCGUCAGCAUCGACCCGACCAGAAGAUCCUCUCCUGCCCAACGGUCAAUUAGACAUUGACAUAAUCACCGCGGAAGCCAUGACAGUCGCGCAGGACUUGGCGACGAAACGCAUUAAGCCAGGCGAUUUGGUCGAUGACAGUUUCAACAAAUACUCGUUCCGCGAUGUGGACGGGCUUCCAGAAUGGUUCUUGAACGACGAAACGCAACAUUCGAAGCCUCAGCGGCCCAUCAGCGCGGCCGCCGCAGCCGCAAUCAAGGAGAAGAUGCGCGCCCUGAACGCUAGGCCCAUCAAGAAGGUCCGCGAGGCCAAGGGCCGUAAGAAGAUGAGGGCUGCGGCACGGUUGGAGAAAUUGCGCAAGAAAUCGGCGCUGUUGUUGGACGACGAGGGCGUCAGCGAGAAGGACAAGGCUGCCACCAUCAGCAGGCUGAUGGCCAGGGCGGUGAAGAAGGGCAAGCCUAAGGAGAAGGUCAAGCUUGUCGUUGCAAGAGGGCCCAACAGAGGUCUCAGUGGGCGCCCUCGUGGUGUCAAGGGCAAAUACAAGAUUGUGGAUGCGAGACUCAAGAAGGAUGUCCGGGCGGAGAAGAGAUUGAAACGGAAGUUGAAGAAAUGA